CUUAUUAGUUUACUUCAGGGAGAGAUGACCAAAUUUUAAAAAUCAACUGUUAUCGAAUUGGUUGUCAGAGUGUUUUCUGAGAUCAAUGAAACAGAUCACAACUGAGGAAUAUUAGCCAGUGUUUACACGCUACUGAGACCAUCGAUCUUUCCCUGUCGCGCAGACGAGCAUUUUUCGUUGAGAGGCAGCUUUGAGAAACCAGUCUUAUUUGAUGGCCUUUGCAAUGGAACAGUCGUUUCAUUCCUCGAAAGAGACAACUAAUUAUGCUCGGCUGUGCAGGCUUCUGGUGGAUGUCGGAUCACAUGUCUUAAGAAAGAUAUUCGACGAGAAGCGUCCACCAGGAAAUUUGGACACAGUUUUGUCAAGUCCUUCAGUGCAUUCCGUUCUGCAAAUACUUCGAAAGAAGAAAGUCCUUAGUUGUUUGCAAUGGCAAAAACUGUAUCCCGCCGUCAAAUCUUCAGUUUCAUCACAGCAUUUUGAUAUCAGUACCCUGAUGGUUCUGCUGCGGAAUCUUUGUGGUCUUAAUCCUCCGGCUACUGGCUGGGAUACACUUCCUCCACCAGAUGACACAUCCCUUGAGGCAGAUAUCGUUCGCAUCAAGUGCUAUAGAAACACCGUUCAUAGUCAUGCUAGCGAGGCCUCGAUUGACGACGCAACGUUCAAUCAGUACUGGAAGGACAUCCAGGGUGCACUAGUGAGAACUGGAGGGGAAGGUUACCAAGGUGCUAUUGAUGACUUGAAAAGUCAAUGUAUUGACAGUGAUUUUGAGGAACACUACAAAGAGCUCCUUGAACAGUGGGUUAAAGAUGAAGCCAGCAUGACUGAAAAACUAGAUAAAAUGAUGAAAGAGUUCGGCGAGUUUGAUAGGAAGUUGGACGAAUUAAAGGAGGCCAUGGCGAAUGCCAAAAGAGAAAUAGGAGCUGAAGCUGUAACGGCAUAUACGAACGCAUUGAAGGAAUCAAUAAUAAGCCAAACUGAGUUCUGCCGUCUCGCUUCUCAAACCAAGAAAAAUGUGAAAACAGAUGACAUUUUCACAAAUAUUCUCAUUCAACAUGGAAGAAAACCCGUUGAAGACCAUAACAUGGAAAGAAAGAAGCAUCUUCGCCAAUACGGUCAAAUAAGAGGAAAACCAGUCAAGCAUUGCCAAGAAAUAUUCACUUCAACCGAUGGCAAUGAGAAGAAUCCUCAAUCCAUUCUCCUCACUGGAAAGGCAGGCAUCGGUAAAACUCUCUUUUGUCAGAAGUUGAUACGAGAUUGGGCCGACGGCAAAUUAUUUCAGUUUCCCUCGGGAACAAACAUUCCCGACUUAAAGUUCGCAUACUUACUGACCUUUCGUCAACUGGAUUUACUUAAAGACACUCCUGUCAACUUGAGAGGAGUCCUGAACCGAUCGUCAGUGUUAGAUGACCACUCAAAUAUUGACGAUUCUUUGUUUGAGUACAUGGUUGGUCAUCCGGCAGAAGUUUUGAUCGUCAUCGACGGGUAUGACGAGUAUUCAAAGCAAGAUUUCAUCGCUAGCGAUUUGGAUGAGGAAUUUCCAAACAACGCCCGAGAGAAGAUGCCAGUAGCCGCACUGUGUGCCAAACUCAUCAAAGGAAGAAUCUUGAGAGGUUCCGUUGUCAUGGUAACGUCAAGACCCGAGGAAUCUGACAAAAUAAAAGAUGAAAUUGACUUUGAUCGAUACGUUGAAAUUACAGGAUUUUUUGAACCGCAGGUGAAGGAAUAUAUUGAGAAGUAUUUCAGGGGAAACGAGCGAUUGAAAAACACAGUACUGGACCACAUGACAAAGAACGCCAAUCUUGUCAGCUUUGCCCACAUUCCUGUGCUUUGUUUCCUGAUGUGUUCCUACUUUGAGUACAUUCUAACGGAAUCAACGAGCAGUGAUACCCUUCCUGUGAAAACAAGUGACCUUUACUAUGAAGUGGUAAACAUGUUUGUGAGAAAGCACAACAAAAAGAAGGGACUGUCUCACGAGGAAACUUUGGAUAAACUAUCAGAGCUUGCUGCCCUAUUGCUCCUGGAGAAGAAGUUUCUAUUCGCCAAAGAGGAUGUGAAAAUGUUUGGUCUAGAGGAAGUUGAAAGUUUGAGCGCAAGUGGUCUUCUUCAUUGCGGUCCUCCUUUCAGAAAAUCUUUUUCUGAAACGACGAAAUAUUUUUGCUUCACCCACCUGACUCUCCAAGAGUACCUAGCGGCUCGUUGGUUUGUAAAGAGGAAAGAGAUUCCUCCUGGAAAUGUUUCAUCAGUGGUACUACAAUACAUGUCCGGUAUUCUGUCAAAGCAGAAAGACCACACACUUAUGGAACAAAUACUUAAUGGAUUCAGCACUGAAUACUUUUUCAGGAGGAAGCUUCUAACAGCUUAUUGUCUGAUGGAGUACGAAGACAAAGAGUUUGCCAAAAGUGUCAUAAAGAAGCGCUUCCAUGAAUUCUGUGAUCGCAAAGGCACAAUUGUUUUCAGGAAUGUGACUGAUACGGGUUGCACUACAGUAUCUUUUCUUUUGGAUAUUAUGAGUAAAUUGAAUGCAGAAGGAGAGUCGGGCAGGAAUAAUUCAAUCUGUGAGCAGCAGAAAGCAACAUGCAGAGCAAUUUCGCUGGAUCUGAGUGGUAAUCAGAUCACUGAUGACGGUGUUUCCAGUCUAUGUCAGGUACUGCAGACCGCAACAAGUAAAUUACCAAAACUGGUUCUAAGUGGUAAUCAGAUCACAGAUGCUGGUGUUGUCAGUCUGUGUCACGCAUUACAGACAGAAACAUGCGGCAUAACCACACUCAAUUUGAGUUUCAAUCAGAUCACUGAUGCCGGAGUUGUCAGUCUGUGUCAAGCUUUACAAAAAGCUGUUUGUAAGGUGAAGACACUGGAUCUUAGUCUUAAUCAGAUCACUGAUGUCGGUGUUGACACUCUAUGUCAAGCCUUACAGACAGAAACAUGUAAGGUAACUACAGUGGAUUUGAGCUCUAAUCAGAUCACCGAUGUUGGCAAGGAGAGUCUCGCUAAUCUGUUGAAAAUUAACCCUGGCCGUUACCAUAUCGAUUACUUUUAGGGAUAGAAAUUCGCUGAGAAGUAGAGCUCCUCUCAGAGAGGUACCAAAAAUUGUUCAAACAUUUAAAUACAUGCACUGCGAAUGAAUUAAAAGUACUGUCAAACUUCUUUGACUGUAGCAAUAGGAAUAUUAACAGUAUUGUAUUUCUAGCUGACCUAGCAAUGAGGUUGGUUUCAUGAUGCCUUCUGUUUGACAAGAUUAGCCUUAGGUCCUUAGAAAAAUUAUUCUAUUGUUCUAGGUAGGAAUUACACUGAAUGAGGCGUAUAGUGCUAAUAAAU